AUGUCCUUCCCACAUUUCGGACACCCAUACGGCGGCGCUUCACAGUUUCUGGUGUCUGCCAGUCCCAGCGCCACUUGCUGCGAGUCCGCCCCGCGCUCGGUCCCGAACGUGGCCUCAGGCUCCACCCCGGCGGCAGCUCUCUGCUGCGCGUCCUACAACAGUCGGCUGCUGGGCAGCGCGCGGCCAGAGCUGGGCGCGGCCUUGGGCAUCUAUGGAUCCCCCUAUGCGGCCGCUGCGGCCGCUCAGAGCUACCCCGGCUAUCUGCCCUACGGCCCCGAGCCGCCUGCGCUGUACGGGGCGCUGAAUCCACAGUAUGAAUUUAAGGAGGCUACAGGGAGCUUUACAUCCGGCCUGGCCCAAUCAGGAGCCUAUUAUCCUUACGAGCCCACUCUGGGGCAGUACCAAUAUGAUCGUUACGGCGCUGUGGAGCUGAGCGGAGCCGGGCGCCGGAAGAACGCCACGCGAGAAACCACUAGCACCCUCAAGGCCUGGCUCAAUGAGCACCGCAAGAACCCCUAUCCCACCAAGGGCGAGAAGAUCAUGCUGGCCAUCAUUACCAAGAUGACCCUCACCCAGGUGUCUACGUGGUUCGCCAACGCUCGCCGGCGCCUCAAAAAGGAAAAUAAGAUGACGUGGGCACCCAAGAACAAAGGCGGAGAGGAGAGGAAGGCGGAAGGUGGAGUGGAGGAACCACUGGGCUGCCUAAACAGCGACACCAAAGACGUUGCUGCUAACCACGAGGCCCGGGGGCUCCGGCUGAGUGAUCUGGAAGACCUGGAGGAAGAGGAGGAAGAGGAGGAGGCCGAGGAAGAGGAGGCAGUGGCCACAGAUGCUGACAGGCUGGCGGAGUUCCAUAAGGGCGCGCAGCUGCUGCCGGCGCAGUGCGCGGCAUCUCGAGAGGGCCGGCUGGAGCGCAGGGAGUGCGGCCUGGCGGCGCCCCACUUCUCCUUCAAUGAGGCUCCCGGGCUCGGAGAGGCUGACUUCCUCGGGACGGAGCCCGAGGGCCCCACGCUGACCAUGCACUACGCAUGCAGUGAGAAACCGCGCAUCUGGUCUCUGGCGCACACCGCGGCCGCCAGCGCCGUCGAAGGUGCACUUCCAACCCGGCCCAGGCCACAAAGUCCUGAUUGCCACUUGCUUCCCGGACAGCUGAGAGGCUCGGGCGGGCGACCAGUGGUCCCUAGAGACUCCUUGUGCGACGAGUCUUCCCGCAUAGCCAAAGCCUUUGGAAACCCCACGUUUGCCCUGCAGGGGCUAGCGCUGAACUGUGCGCCCUGCCUGCAGCGGAGGGAGCCCGCGGUGCAGUGCCAGUACCAGUCCGGAGCAGAAGGUAGUGGGCUCCCAACCGCGCUGUCCAAAAGACUCUCGCCCAUUGCCCUGCCCGCCAGUCGUGCACUCUCUCUGCCUCUCCAGCACGCCCAAGUUCAGGCCUGUGGCCUCUUUCCUGGCAGGGAAUUGUUCUAUAGCACUCCUUGA